GGAGCUCAUUCUGUUUGUGAUACUCGCAGCAGACUAGUCAGCACAUAGGACGACAGCCUGACUAUAUCUGUGCCUGUACCUAUUAUUGCUCAGCUUUCGAUCUUUACCGCCGCAACCGAUUCGCUGUCAUAAAACCCCUUCAGCAUGACUACCCCUCAAUCCGCCGAUCAGGACUACAAGGCCAAUCUUCUUUCUUUGCUCAUAGCCAACAAUGCGCUCGCAUUUGGGACGUUCACAUUGAAAUCCGGUCGCCAGUCACCGUACUUUUUGACUUCGAGUCGUCUUUAUACUGCACCUCUGCUACGCCAGGUUUCAGCCGCGUUCGCAAAUGUCACCUCUUCCCCACCUUUUGUGAACAUAGCUGCUGACGGCAGCAUCACUCCAAAGUUUGACAUUGUUUUUGGGCCCGCUUAUAAGGGUAUUCCAGAAUGCGUCGGUGUCGUUAACGAACUCGCUACCCGGGACGCGCUCGCUGGCACAAAGACUUGGGACAACAUCAGCUACUCGUUCAAUCGCAAAGAAGCCAAAGACCACGGUGAGGGAGGUAAUAUUGUCGGUGCGCCACUCAAGGGCAAGCGUGUCUUAAUCGUUGACGACGUCAUUACUGCUGGUACCGCGCUCCGAGAAGCUGUUGGAAUUAUUCAGAAAGAAGGCGGAAUUGUCGCCGGUGUUGUAUUGCUGUUUGACCGUCAGGAAAGAGUCAGUGAUACAGAACAAAAGAGUGCGAUUGGGGCUGCCGAGAGAGAUCUUGGAGGAGAUAUCCCGAUUCGCGCUGUGCUGGUUCUCCAGGACUUGAUUGAUAAACUUGGAGACAAAAUUGGUGAGGAGGAGGUGCGCAGGUUGGAAGAAUAUCGCAAUAAGUACAAGGCCCAAUAGAAGCCUACCGUAGUAAGAGAAUUUGGUGCCUGCGACUUCUGGGUGAAAUAGAUUUGGCAUAUUCAUAUACCGGUUUGAAGCGUAUCUAUGUAAGCGCAGACGAUAGCUUUAUUCCUGGUUAAUAUUUCUUGUAAAUAGCUUGUACAAUAAAAACAUAAAGUUUCUCAAUUCUAGAUUCGGAACUUGCCCA